CUGCGCUGAUUGGUCGGAGAGCCUCGAACGAUCCGCUCGAAGUUCGCGCAGAGGAAGGAAGGAGGUGAAUAAACCGCGGAGUGUUUUUAACUGACGGUCUGUCUUUGCUCUGCGGACCUGAUUGAAGCAGCAGAAAUCUGCACUUUUUUCUAAACUCCUCUGUCGGUAAUUGGUUAAUUAAUAUCUGAAGAUUUGGUGAAGGCAUCAUCAUCAUCAGCAGCAGCAGCAGGAUGGGAGGAGGAGGGCAGAAGGAGGAGGCAGGAGAGCCAGGCAGCGGGAAGGCUGCAGGUGUUUACACCUGGGAGGAGGUGCAGAAGCACCGCAGCAGGAGAGACCAGUGGCUGGUGGUUAACAGGAAGGUUUAUAACAUCAGCCAGUGGGCCAGAAGGCAUCCAGGAGGCUCUCAUGUCAUCGGCCACUAUGCAGGAGAGGAUGCUACGGAAGCUUUCACAGCUUUCCAUCCGGAUCAAACGUUUGUUCAGAAGUUUCUAGAGCCUCUGCAGAUUGGAGAGUUGGCAGAAACAGAGCCGAGCCAGGACGGAAACAAAGAUGCCGCCAUCAUACAGGAUUUUAAAAUGCUACGCAGUGAGUUGGAGAAGGAGGGUCUCUUUAGAGCAAAGCCGUUAUUCUUCUGCCUCCAUCUGGGUCACAUCCUGCUGCUGGAGGCGCUGGCCUGGAUCAUGGUCUCCUACUGGGGGACGAGCUGGACUCUCACCUUACUCUGCGCCGCCAUGUUGGCAACUUCUCAAGCGCAGGCUGGAUGGCUGCAGCAUGACUUUGGGCACCUUUCUGUCUUCAACAAGUCCAAAUGGAAUCAUCUGGUCCAUAAGUUUGUCAUUGGACAUUUAAAGGGAGCUGCAGCCAGCUGGUGGAAUCACCUGCAUUUUAAUCACCACGCCAAACCUAAUGUCCUGAGCAAGGAUCCUGAUGUCAACAUGUCAGGCAUCUUUGUUCUGGGAUCCGUUCAACCUGUGGAGUACGGCAUCAAGAAGAUCAAACACCUGCCCUACAAUCACCAGCACCAGUACUUCUUUCUAUUGGGGCCGCCGCUGCUCAUCCCAAUCAUCUUCAACCUGCAAGUAUUGCAUGUCAUGAUUUCUCGCCGGAACUGGGUGGAUCUGAUCUGGUAUUUGUCCUUCUACGCCCGAUUCUUCUCCUGUUACCUUACGCUUUAUGGCUUCUUUGGCUCGGUGGCUGUCAUCAUGUUUGUUAGAUUCCUGGAGAGUCACUGGUUUGUUUGGGUGACUCAGAUGAAUCAUCUCCCCAUGAAUAUAGAUCAUGAAAAGCGGCGAGACUGGCUGACGAUGCAGUUACAGGCCACAUGUAACAUCGAUCAGUCCUUCUUCAACGACUGGUUCAGCGGACACCUCAACUUUCAAAUCGAGCACCAUUUGUUUCCAACAAUGCCGAGGCACAACUACCACCUGGCGGCCCAGAGAGUCCGCGCUCUGUGUGACAAACACGGGAUCCCCUACCAGAAGAAAAGUUUGUGGCGAGGAAUGACUGAUAUUGUCAGCUCACUGAAGACGUCCGGCGAUCUCUGGCUUGAUGCUUAUCUUCAUAAAUGAUGAGGUGUUUUUAAAUGGAAAAGUCUUCCUUUAGAUUAAAUUCCUGCCAUGUUUUAAAGUAAACAACAGCAACAAGCAUCAGACUAAUUUUCCUUUCUGUAGACAGUGUAGUUGAUGGACUGAGAACAUCCUUAAAGCUUUUGGGAUUUUCAAUUCUCCUUACUGACACAUGUUUUAUUUAAAAUAAGUAUUUGUUAAUUUGUUAAUUUUCUACUAUAUUCCGAUUAUUCCUGUUAAUUUCUCUGACAUAAAAAAGUCAAAUGUAAUAAAAUCUCACAAUGAUCA